UUUCAGGGUGACUGCUAACGUCUUUUCGCCACGCAACUACAUCUCCCGUCGACAAGAACACGGCCAUCUUCAGUGGCUGAAGUCUCGCGGGCGGGACUCGCGAUCCUCCGCUCUGCUGUCACGUGAGAUGGGUCCUUUUUUUUUCAAACAAAACGGGCAAAAUAGGGGUCACGUGGAGGGGUACUUGGGAUUCUGGGAAAACAAACAUCAGCUCUGAAUAGCUGACACUGGUGGUACUGUAGGCAGGGAGCAGAGCAUCACAACUUUUGUGCUCAUUAAAUUUAUUUUUUUUUUUACAAGCAGGAGACAACUGCCGCAACUCGAGGGCGACUCUGACGUGAAUAAGUGACAUGAAGUAAAUGGGAACGAGGGUCAAAAAGAGUACUCUGUUCGUCCCAAUGGUCCUGGGGCGAUCUGUUUGGUGCGUCGGAUUGCGAUAGAGAGGGAGACUAUGGAGGUCUGCACAUCGGAGAAACAGCACGAAGAUGUGAAGCGCGCACCCCUGGAUUGGAAUAAUUCACGAUUCGUGUCUCCCCGAGAAGGAGAUCGUCCAGGAAAGGAAACUAAAGGAGCGGAUUAAUGUGUUAAUAAUCGGUUAGCCUGUAGCUGAUGAUCGCCUUCCGCGAUGUAAUUAAUAAAGAUUUGUGGUGCACCAGUUAUGGUCUUAGGACAUUUUGGGGUUUGUUUUUUUAACAGUUUUUGGGUAUGUCUUAAGAUCUGUAAUACACAAUAAUGCCCAUGUAAAAGCAACGACCGCAUGAAGUUAACAUAAAGAAAGGGGGUUGCCAGAGACGCAGCGGACGGGCUGUUUGUGGUGGAGCAUUUAUUUGAGCAGGUCCCCGGAGUCGGGGCUGCCUCAGCGUAUCCGGGCGAGGCGACGGUCGUCCAAGAUGUGGAGUCUGGCGCUGACGGCUCUGCAGGUCCUCGUAAAAGCUCUGAAACACACGGCCGGCAAAAGCCAGCUCGUCGUCAACCGCUGGCUGCAGAGGUCUGCCCCCGAUGCGAUGGACUGCGAGAAGAUGGAGAUCUUGAUCUGCAGCGGCUACGACGAGAGAGCCGCGGGUGCGAAGCCCGACCUGGACUCGCAGGGCGACGGCGGCGGUGAAGCCGGGGUCUGUUUUUUCGGGGAGUUCAGAAACCCGUGCUGCCUCACGACUUUCUGCUGCAAGAGCGCCCUGCUGGCCUUCAUUCUGGCACUUGUGUGCUUUUCCUCGCUGGCCCUGGUGCGCCAGUACCUCAAGGACUUGCUGGUUUGGCUGGAGGGCUUGGACAGCCUGGUCGGAGCCCUGCUGUUCAUCCUCGGGCUGGUCGUGGUCUCUUUCCCCUGCGGCUGGGGCUACAUCCUGCUCAACGUGGCCGCGGGCUACCUGUACGGCUUCGUCCUGGGCAUGGGGCUGGUGAUAGUCGGGGUUUUGAUAGGGACUUUCGUCGCCCAUGUGGUCUGCAAGAAGCUCCUGACCGAGUGGGUUUUGGCCAAGAUCGAGAACAACGACCAGCUGAGCGCGGUCAUCCGAGUGGUGGAAGGAGGGAGCGGACUUAAAAUCGUUGCCUUAGCAAGACUCACGCCGAUACCCUUUGGACUCCAAAAUGCGGUGUUUUCAAUCACAGACGUGUCCUUGCCAAACUACCUUGUGGCAUCUUCAGUUGGACUGCUCCCCACCCAGCUGUUAAACUCCUACUUGGGGACCACACUGCGGACAAUGGAAGAUGUCAUUGCAGAGCAGAGCGUCAGCGGGUAUUUGGUUUUCAGUCUGCAGAUAAUGAUAAGCAUAGGCUUGAUGUUUUAUGUCGUCCACCGAGCACAAGUAGAACUGAAUGCAGCUAUUGCAGCCUGUCAGAUGGAGUUGAAAACAUCCUACAUGAACGGCAAUCCAGCGAACCUCAGCAGCUCCUCAUACUGCAGCAAAAGGACUUCAGCAACAGGAGGAAUCAAUGUGGUUUGAACCCAUGCCGAAACCUUGGGGUUUUACCACGUGAUUUUGAAACUGAUGCCAAGAUAAAAUUGCUGAGAUUUCCAAGACUGCAAAUGAAGGGUUUGGCUUGCUGUAAUCACAGGCAGUUCAACUUAUCUUAUACCCGGCUUGUAUAUUAUAUUACACAGCCUGAAAAAUUGUUGCCGAAUGCUCUUACACAAGCAAUGUUGCUGCUCGAAUGCAAACUGUGAUAUUUCACAGAUAUUGUCUCCCUGUUGUCGGGGGAAGGGGAAAGCGGCCAGAGUGUCAAAGUUUUCAGUGCUUAUGAGGUACAUUUUUAUUUUCUCAAAGCUACAAAUAAAACUGAAAAUUAUUCAAGGCAGAAUAGAUAUUUUUUUAUGUACCAGCUAAAAAACACGUCUUUGGGUUGAGGGUGUUGGUAGAUGCUGAAUAGACCAAAGACUCAAAUUUGGUUGGCCACAGUAGAAAUAAACUUUACAAGUUUUUGGUAUGUUAUUUGAUGGUGUUCAAUGCACACGGUGUCCUCUCACACUGCUCAGUUAAAUUAUUCCAUUAGAUAAUGUUGGUUCAAUAAUUUUCAAAUAUUUCUGACAAGAAUGCCUUGCAUGUAAGGCAUUUUGUAUGUAAGCUCCAAGGGUAUGUUGAGAGGCAAUUGUUUACCCUUUUCUACUUUAAAGAAGGACAUAAUUUGGUGACGGAGGAGAAAAAGUGCAUUUUCAAGAUAACUGCUUUGGAAAAUGUAUAUCAUACUAUCAUGCAGCCAUCUGUUCCAUCUCUUGAGUGAAUGGUGUGCUGUAAGAAUACAAAGGACGUCAGAUGCUGUCUACUGCUGAAGUAUUGCCUUUGCACACUUUAUGACUUUUGAUAGCUUGGAGAUGGAAUGGUAUUUUCGAACGUGACAAUGAAGACAGUAUGCUGAAAAAUCUUUCUGAAUCCUUGUGAAGGUCAGGGUGCAGAUGCAUGGGGAGGAUCCCUGAAGUGGUUGUUUAUUGGGUGAUAAUCCCAACAGAAAAGAGUGAAAGCAUCUGAAAACAAUCUUUACAUGCGUUUUACAAUGUACUGCUAAAGACCUGAAGAAUCAUAUAGAGUAUCAUUUGAAUACGUACAGUAGCUCUUGCCUUAUUAUAAAUGCAAUCUCAAAUAAAGCCCACGAUAACAGACCAUGCCGUUUCACCAAUUAGCAUCUUUUUUUGUUCAUCUUGUACUGUGAUUUUCCCAUCCAGUGUAUUAGAGGUAUUUUGAUAUUUGCGUUCUAGACUUUUUUCUCUCUUGUGCUUUAUGUUCAUUCUGUCUGCUCUCAUCAGUGCCCCAGAUCCUGAUGUUACUGAUAGCUGUUCCCGCUUUGGAAUCCUGUCCAGUGCUGAAUAAAACACAAAUGUGAAAAGAGCAAAGGGGAGGACUAUGCAUGUUAAAAGAAGUCACGCAUAGACGAGACUCACAUAAUAGCAUGUUAAUGUCCGUAAGUCGUCACAGGAGGUGUUUUCUACAUUGUUCAGAUAUUAUCUUUGCAGUUUUGGGAAGAAAAACAUCACAAACCUUAAACAAAUUGUGCCAAAUGUUAUACACUGGAAAACAAAAAGUUUUAUCCACACUUGUUUUUAUAACCCCUUGUUUUCUUUCUGGAAAAAAACAUCUGCUUUAAUACUAAAUCUUGCAAAUACCUUAACAUGACAUAAUUACUGUAUUAUCUGCUGCUUUAUAGUUUUCACAAGUGUUCCAAUCUGAAAUUGGGGGAAAGCGUUACCCACUUUGGCUUACACUAGCUUCAUCAACCCGAGAGAUGACAUCGUCACCUGUCCCCUGUAAACUGGAAGCGAGAGCUGAGGACUGAAAAGGAGAGCCCGUCCCAUGUCCUGACAUGUGCAGGUCAGCUCCAGGGCUGUUUGCAGGAGCUCGCAGUGUGUGCACUGCCAGGCCUGGGAGCUGUGGAGCCAGCAAUGGGAUCGGCAUUGUGUCUCACUCCUCCAUAAGCCUGGCAGUAAAACCUGCAUCCGAGUCCGUCGUCUGGCUGGUGAAGAAGCUGUUGUUCGCUCUCCAGGAUUAUGGCACUAAAAAAUAGGCAUUUUGGUGAGGCAUGGCUUUGAUGUACAUGCAUGUACAAUAUGGUUCACCUCUUCCAGGGUCUCUAGAAAUUAAAUAGGUUGAAUAGCUGCUGUUGUGAUCUGUGUAAGUACAAAAGCACAACUUGCAAUUCUAUCUUUAUAUUCAUUUUACUAAACCUUUCCAGAAUCCUUACGGUUCUCCAUUCAGUUUAAGGCUUGGGUUAAAUCUAAAUUUUGAUCCACAGUAUUAUGGCUUUUUUGCAAGAUGCUUUUUGUUUCUUUUUGUUUUUUUGUAAAGGAAAUUCCCCACCAAGUACUGGGAUUGUGGUUUGCACACUGAUUUAAUCUAGGUUCAAGUCUCACAAGCCAUCACACUCUCUUGGGCUCUUUUAUUAAGAGAAUCAAGUUCACAUUGAACUCUAAGCACUGAUAGAACCAAAAGUUCUAUUGGAAGUUGAUCAUUUUUUAAGUUUAUAACUUAAGUUUAAGUAAGCUUAGGUUCAAGAUCCAUCCUGGUGCUUUAAAUGUUUUUAUUGUAAAUUAAAAUAUAAAUGAUACAGGAGAAAUAGAACAGAGUCUCCUUUCCUCACCCCUGUUAAAGUUAAAAGCUCCUUAUAAAGAUCAGAAGCACUGACAGGAUGUUAUACUGUACAUAUGAAAAAGUGAAGAAACCUGUCAAUGGAACUUGGUAACACUAGUAUAUUUUAAAGCAGUUUAAGUAGACUACCUUAGAGAAUAGCAUUAAGAAUCCCAUUUAACACACACAAAGGAUUUUUAGUAUGUGUUCCAAUGAUCUCCAUACCCAGUUGUCCACGCUGAAAACAAUGCAUUAUGAUGGACUUUUGCUGAAGUUCAACCUCUCAAACCAUCACAUUUUGACAAAAUUAUGUUAUUGAUUUAGAUGGGGGGGAAAAGGAGUUUUACAUAAUUGCAUAUGUAUUGCACAUGGCUAAUUUAGUAUACAGGUUAUGUGUUUACGUGGUUUGGAUUUAUGAAGAAUUAUUCUGAUACAUUCUGGUACUGUGUAUACCAUUCUGUAAGUUACAAAUGGUAUUGCAUGAAAGCUGACAAUCAGGUCCUGAGUGAUCACUUUUGUUCUGGGGCUUCUACUGGAUUUAGCACUGGGGCUACUGAUGAGAGGGUGUGUUUUAUUAUGCUCUUCAUUUCCAAGCUUUCAGUUAUUAGGAUUAGGCAUUUACAGUAAAUUGACAAGGGCUCUUAUAUACAUACAGUAGGAUUUAUGACACUGCUUUCAUUUGUGGAUGCAAACAGCUCUACUGUAUGUUCAUAAAUAGUGAAUUGCAACAGUAGAAAUGCAAAACUGAAGUGUUUUUUUUUUUGUCCUCAGGCAUAACAGCCUUAUACUGUUAGCAGGUUGUCAAUAGAUGAAUCUGCUUUGUACUUUUUCUUAUUGCAAAGUAUUUUUCCUUCUUUUUGUAAUUUACUCGGAUUAGGUAACCAUAGAGUUUUAAUAAAGGAAAAUAAUAAGGUACAAGUGCUUUUACCUUCAUUCCAGUACAGCUACACCCUGCUGUACUGAACUAUUCCUUAGAAGCUACUGUAGAUUAAAACAGGAACCUGUUUUAUGCUUUCUUGCUGUUGCAGAGGCUACAUGUGUAUUCUGGAAUUAGCAAUACUAUAUAAUCUUACAAAUCUAUGUGUAAAUACCCAGCACUCACUUGGCUUGUAAUAUAUUAAUCUGCCUUGUACAUUUUGCUGCCUACAAUACGUUAAAGGGACACUAUGACACUAGUGUGUUCAAAUAAAAGAAACAUGUAUCAUUUAGCUUUACUAUGUGAAAACAGUUGAGGGUGUUGCUAUGCUCUGAGAAGUUUAAUGCAAAAAAGGAAAUAAAGACCAGGUAGGGUUACUUUCAUAUUGUCCUGUCAAAAAAAAAAACUUGAUUUGAAAUGGGAAUCUAUAAAAACUCUUUAUGGCCAUUUACACAUCAUUUUUUAUUAUACAGAAUUAAUUAACAUAUACCAAUAGCAACAACUUCCAGAAUCCAACAAACUCUAAACUGAAAACUCUAUAAUUGUCUCAAGUGCAUUUAUAUAUUCUGUACUUUGUAAUAAAGAGGAAUUUUACAAUGUGUAAAUGGGUAUUUAUGGCUGUUUCUUGUUCAUUGUUACUAUUUAUGAAAUAAAAUUAUCUUAAAUGUAAAACUGUUGUCUAUUCCACUCUGGGAUGCGAGGCGAUUGUUAGAAUAAAGUUGAAAACAAGA